ACUGUAACAAUGACGACGACUUCAGUCGGCAGCUGGCCUUACUCUUCCCAUGGAACAUACUUUAUAACUAAUCACAGCGACCCAUUGCCAAAAAAUUUCUCAGGAGCACCAAAUGUUACUGCCUGUCCCAUGGAUGAAGCAUUACUAUCUACUGUGUUAACAACAUUCUACUCUGUUAUUUUCAUUGUGGGACUGGUUGGGAACAUAAUCGCCCUCUAUGUAUUUCUGGGUAUCCACCGCAAAAGAAAUUCCAUUCAAAUUUACCUACUGAAUGUAGCCAUUGCAGACCUCCUACUCAUUUUCUGCCUCCCUUUCCGAAUAAUGUAUCACAUUAACCAAAACAAGUGGACACUAGGUGUGAUUCUGUGCAAAGUUGUGGGGACACUAUUUUAUAUGAACAUGUACAUUAGUAUUAUUUUGCUUGGAUUCAUCAGUUUGGAUCGCUACAUAAAAAUUAACAAGUCUAUACAACAACGGAAGGCAAUAACAACCAAACAAAGUAUUUAUGUUUGCUGUACAGUAUGGACAGUUGCACUUGCUGGAUUUUUAACCAUGAUUAUUUUAACACUUAAGAAAGGAGGGCAUAAUUCCACAAUGUGUUUCCAUUACAGAGAUAAGCAUAACGCAAAAGGAGAAGCAAUUUUUAACUUCAUUCUUGUGGUAAUGUUUUGGCUAAUUUUCCUACUAAUAAUCCUUUCAUAUAUUAAGAUUGGUAAGAAUCUAUUGAGGAUUUCUAAACGGAGAUCAAAAUUUCCUAAUUCUGGUAAAUAUGCCACUACAGCCCGCAAUUCCUUUAUCGUACUUAUCAUUUUCACUGUAUGUUUUGUUCCCUAUCAUGCCUUUCGAUUCAUCUACAUUUCUUCACAACUAAAUGUAUCAUCUUGCUACUGGAAGGAGAUUGUUCACAAAACCAAUGAGAUCAUGCUUGUUCUCUCAUCCUUCAAUAGCUGCUUAGAUCCAGUCAUGUAUUUCCUGAUGUCCAGUAACAUUCGCAAAAUAAUGUGCCAACUUCUUUUUAGACGAUUUCAAGGUGAAGCAAGUAGGAGUGAAAGCACUUCAGAAUUUAAACCAGGAUACUCCUUGCAUGAUACAUCUGUGGUCCCCCAAAAUGCAAUUUAGUUCUAAAAGUACAUGAGAUAGAUGUAAGAAUGAUACAAUAUAGCUUCCUAAUUCUUUUACUAACUAAACAAAGCUCUAGCAUUUACAAAACUCGGCUCUUCUCAAAGGUCUGUUUAUAUUUGUGGCAUUUCAUUUGUUUAAUUAUAAACUAUU